AUGUCAUUGACUUCCACAUCAGGCAUUGUUGAUACUUCUACGGAAUCAUCUGUUGAAAUUUACGUUAAGUCAAACAUGGCAAUUGGUGUAGUUUUGUCUAGGGGUCCAUUACCAAAGGUCGUGCAAUUACUUCCAUUUUCAUCGUUGCUCGGCAAGCUUUUUGUCAAUGAUGUAAUAAUCUCAGUAGAUGGAAAGCCCGUGUAUAACACAUCGAUGUUGAUUGAAGUGAUACGAGCAGCGGAAGGACGUAAGAUAUUAAUAAAAUACAGGAGAACGGAGAAAUGUUCAAGUAAUAUUCGAAUAUUGCCAAAACCUCGACAGGGUUGGGAUAGUUUUGAAAUUGAAAUGAGCUGGAGCGAAACUGGAAUGCCUACUGGUAUUCUUGUGCAUGAAGAUAGUUGGGGUCAUAUUGUUGUGAGUAUGGUGCAAAAUGGAACUGCAACCAGUAAAUCACUAAAACCAGGAGAUGUAUUAACCAAAAUAAACGAUAAGCCGGUGAAAGAUAAAGAUACUGCUAAGCAGGUAUCAUCAUAUAUCAUUUUAUUAUAA